UUUCUUUUUUUCCUUUUCUAGACGCGUCUAAAUACAACUCAGCCGCCCUCUCCUGUGUUGUGUUUCCCAUAUGUCGCGAAAGCAGGGCGACCAUGACUACAACCUCCGGAGCAUGAGCAACCUGAUGGGCGAGCGCUGGAAGAAAGUGAACGACGGAGGCGAGCGGAGCCUCAUCAAGGCUCCGUCCAAUGCCAGCAUCAGCAGCCAGGGCGCGUCCGCCCCGGCAGCGGCGGGCUCCGCCGCCGCCGCCUCCUCCUCCUCCACCACCACCUCCACCGGGGAUCUAGAGCGGGCCGCCCGCAAGCAGUUCCAGCAGGACGUCACGCCCGGAUUCGUGUACGUCCUGGCCGCCUUCUCCGCCCUCGGGGGCUUCCUGUUCGGCUACGACACCGGGGUGAUCUCCGGCGCGAUGCUGCUGCUGAAGCGGCAGCUGGAGCUGAGCGCGCUCUGGCAGGAGCUGCUCAUCUCCAGCACCGUGGCCGCCGCCGCGCUCUCCGCCCUGCUGGGCGGCUUCCUCAACGGGCUGUUCGGGCGCAGGGUGUGCAUCCUGCUGGCCAGCUUCUUCUUCACCGUCGGCGGGAUCGUGCUGAGCACCGCCCCCGGGAAGGAGGUGCUGCUGGCCGGGAGGCUCGUCGUCGGAUUGGGGCUGGGGAUCGCCUCGAUGACGGUGCCGGUGUACAUCGCCGAGGCCUCCCCGCCCCACCUCAGGGGGCAGCUUGUAACCGUGAACACCCUCUUCAUCACCGGGGGACAGUUCACCGCCAGCCUCAUCGACGGCGCCUUCAGCUACCUGCGGCGUGACGGCUGGAGGUACAUGCUGGGCCUGUCGGUGCUCCCCGCCGUGCUCCAGUUCAUGGGAUUCCUCUUCCUGCCCGAGAGCCCCCGCUGGCUCAUCCAGCGCGGGCUGACGCAGAAGGCGCGGCGUGUGCUCAGCCAGAUCCGGGGCAACCAGAACAUCGACGAGGAGUACGACAGCAUCAAGAACAGCAUCGAGGAGGAGGAGAAGGACAGCGGGGGAGAUGGCCCGGUGAUCUGGCGGAUGCUGACCUACCCCCCAACUCGCCGUGCCCUCCUGGUGGGCUGCGGUCUUCAGAUGUUCCAGCAGCUUUCAGGAAUCAACACGGUCACGUACUACAGCGCCACCAUCCUGCAGAUGUCCGGCGUGCGGGACGACCGGCUGGCGAUCUGGCUGGCGGGCCUCACCACCUUCACCAACUUCCUGUUCACCCUCCUGGGGGUGUGGCUGGUGGAGAGAGUGGGCCGCCGGAAGCUCACGCUGGGCAGCAUGAUAGGUACGUGUGUGAGCUUGAGUCUCUUGGCCGUCGGUUUUCUGAUAUCGGCCCAGCACAGCCCACCUGUGACCUUUCACCCCCUGGACCCUGCAACCACCAACUCCACCUGCGCCAAGUACCAGCUGUGCGAGCUGUGCAUGCUGGACCCCGGCUGUGGUUUCUGCUACCGGGAGAACGGCUCGGCGCUCCUGGCCUCCUCCUGCGUUCCAGUCAAUAAGGCCUCUACCGAGCAUGCGGCGUGGGGCAGGUGUUCCAACUCCACCCUGAUGAACGAGCAGACCUACUGGGCCUACAACUACUGCCCCACCUCCUACUCCUGGCUGGUCCUGCUGGGUCUGGUGCUCUACCUGGCUGCGUUUGCUCCAGGCAUGGGUCCAAUGCCAUGGACCAUAAACUCUGAGAUCUACCCUCUGUGGGCGAGGAGCACGGGGAACGCCUACGCUGCCGGCGUCAACUGGACCUUCAACAUCCUGGUGUCCCUCACCUUCCUCCACCUGGCGCAGUACUUCACCUACUAUGGAGCGUUCUUCCUCUACUCCAGCCUGGCCUUGAUGGGAUUCGCCUUCAUCUACGGCUGCCUGCCGGAAACCAAGGGCCGGCGCCUGGAGGAGAUCGAGGCGUUGUUCGAGAACCAGCUUUGCUCCUGCGGCGCGACGGAUUCGGACGAGGGCCGGCAGGUCGAAUACAUCCGGGUCAAAGGUUCAAACUACCACCUGUCAGACAACGACGCGUCGGACGUGGACUAGGCCAGAGCUGGAGCUUUGACGACCUCCUUCAGGGUGUUUCGAUUCCGCUGUUACUGAA